CAGUGGGUCUUAACGUUCCUGCCCGCUCGGUAGCGUCGAAGGGCACGCUGGUUCAACUUUCAUUCACACAUUUAAACCGCGAGUACAACGAUGUGUAUAAUAGUGCCGACAAGUGUCAAUAUUUAGAAUCAUCCAAUUUUUACGUUUAUUUCAACGGAGCGCUUCGGCAUGUCAGAUUAUCUGCUACUUUCGUCCGGCAUCAUUUUAAACUUCUAACACUGAAGAAAGAAUGACGCCACGCACUCAGAGAAACAACGCGCUCUACGAGAGCACUCCCGCUACGCUGCAAUUAAUGUCAUUUAAGAAUGUACCAUACGAUAUACCAUAUGAUAUUAUCGACGAGGUGGACGGUGCCGAUUAUCGAUACGAGAUCGCCCGACUGGAGAGCUUCAAAAAUUGGCCCGUGCCGUAUAUGAAGCCCGAGAGGCUCGCAGCAGCUGGUUUCUACUUCACCGGAGAACUCGACAUUGUCAAAUGCUUCGAGUGUGGUACAGAGACGUACAAGUGGAUGGAGGGCGACGAUCCCAUGGUGGAUCACGCGAGGCAAUCGCCAAUGUGCAAAUUCGUUCGCAAUACAUCUUGCGAUAAUGUGCCGAUCGACGUGGUACCCGAUAUAUCGACUGUACCGCCGAUAACGGAAGGUCGAGAUGUCUGCGGCCCGUACGAAUACGAUUUUUCAUCUGACUAUUAUAGCCGCUGUCUUACCAAUUCAUCAUCGUCCAUAUACGCCAAGUAUCCGCAGUACAAGUUUUACGACAUUCGUCUUCGUACCUUCGACCACUGGCCCGCGUCGUUUAAGCAGCAUCCGGAUCGGUUGUCGCUCGCAGGAUUCUACUACACAGGCAAAGGGGAUCAGGUGUUGUGCUUUCAUUGCGGUGUAGGAGUGAAAAAUUGGGAACCCAGUGACGAGCCGUGGGAACAGCAUGCUAUUUGGUUUCCCAAUUGCAACUAUCUACUCAAGGUUAAAGGAUGGAAAUAUGUGGAGGAGAUCACAGGUCAAUCGAUCUUACCCAAAGAUUUACAGACGGAAUCUUACAUCGCGAAAAUGGAGGGGUCGGUAGGUACUGAGUUGGGAACGAAACGUGCGAAGCUCGACGAGGAGGAUCGUUUCCCUGGGCCGAGUUCACAAAGCUCCCAAGGUACUGACGAUAGCGGCUUAGAAAGUAUGUCGGGUGACAAUUCGUCGGUUGAAGGCAGCAACGAGAAUUUAUCCGACGCGGAGGCCGGAUGUUCGAAAUCUAUCAGUGACACGACGUUAUGUAAAAUUUGCUACGACGCGGAGGUGUCCCAACUGUUCUUACCGUGCGGCCAUCUGGUCGUCUGUGUUGCUUGCUCCAAAUGCAUCGAUAUUUGUCCGGUAUGCCGUGCGCACGUGACCCAACAGAUGAAAGUAUACUUCUCAUAAUAUUCCUCCGCACAAUAUAUAUAUAUAUAUAUAUAUAUAUAUAUAUAUAUAUGUAUAUUUAUUCUACAUAUCUCAGCCGUAACAUUUCUCAACACGCUUCUCACGGUAUUUAGGAUCGCACGACCGAUCGGUGUCGAGUGAGAGAGACGAUAGCGUCUCUCGCCGCAAGUAUGUAGCAUACAUUAACAUUUUUUGAAUCGCGCUUUUCUUCAACAAAAGCACAAGUAAUCCGUCCAUUUCAUUUUUAAUAGCGAAUACAGCGAGAGAAAAUGAUACUAUUACAAGAUGAGUGAGGUGAUAGGCAGGUCCCUUGCGAAAUAUUCAACAUUUUUUCGAGUUUACAGUUCUCACAGCAUUCUUCUAGCAUGAAUUCCACUGCCAUAUUGUGAUGUAGUCGCGCUCAUAAAUAAACUCCUUGAACGUUUCACUCUAGUUCCAUCUCUGUUAUCUCCAAAGUUAGAUAACGAGACGGUGUGUGACGACACAAGUUUUCCUUCAGAAUUUUAUUUGGGAGUUGCAUCAGUUGGGACCUAUUGGCGAUUUGUUAAAAAAAUAAAUAAGUAACUGUAAUAUUAAUGUUAGGCUACAUUAACGUAAGAAGGUCACCCAAGUCCCAGCUCUUUUGUUUUUCAAGCUCUUUUGGAAACAAAUUUUCUUCUAGAUAUUAUUUCAAUCUCUGUACAUAUCGGGUGUCGUAUCAGACUUGUUAGACUUUACUCGAACUUUGUCCGAAAUUAUUGUUACAGACAAAAUAGAGAGAAAUUGAGGAAAGACGGUCUAAAUGUAUAUCAAUAUUUGUAUUAUAUAUGAAGAGACAAAGAAUAAAAUGCGGUAAAAUAUCGGGGACGAGAGCAAUAAACGAAUGCGACGAAAGUGUACUGACAACAAAUCCGUAAUCAUAAAUAUACAAUUUUGAAAUAAUUAUUUAAUUUAAACGUGGCUGUAGAAAACUACAGACAUGUAUUUAGUUCUUUAAGCACAGUGUUAGAAAUUUCAAUAUAUAUAUAUAUAUAUAU